AUGUUUUUUCCUUCUUUCUCUCCCCAUGUGAUUUUUCCUUCUUUCUCUCUCUCUGUGUUUUUUCCUUCUUUCUUUCCUCAUGUGUUUUUCCCUUCUUUCUCUCCUCAUGUGUUUCUUUUUCUUUCUUUCUUUCUUUUUUCUUUUUUUCUUUCUUUCUUUCUUUCUUUAUAUGGUUUUUACUUCUUUCUCUCCUUGUGUGUUUUUCCUUCUUUCUUUCUUCAUGUGUUUUUCCUUCUUCUUUCUUUCUUUCUUUCUUUCUUUCUAUAUGGUUUUUACUUCUUUCUCUCUCUCUGUGUUUUUUCCUUCUUUUUUUAUCCAUGUCUUUUUUCCUUCUUUCUCUACCCAUGUGUUUCUUCUUUCUUUCUUUCUCUCCCUGUGUGUUUUUUCCUUCUUUCAUGUGUUUUUUUUCUUCUUUCUCUCUCUCUCUCUCUCUCUGUUUUUUCCUUCUUUCUCUCUCAAUGUCUUUUUUCCUUCUUUCUCUCCUCAUGUGUUUUUCCCUUCUUUCUCUCUCUCUGUGUUUUUUCUUUCUUUCUCUCCUCAUGUGUUUCUUUUUAUUUCUUUCUUUCUUUCCUCAAUAUGUUUUUUACUUUUUUCUCUCCUUAUGUGUUUUUUCUUCUUUCUUUACCCAUGUGUUUCUUCUUUCUUUCUUUAAUUCUUUCUUUCUUUCUUUCUUUCUUUCUUUCUUUCUCUCUCUCUUUGUUUUUUCAUUCUUUCUCUACCCAUGUGUUUCUUUUUCUUUCUUUCUUUCUUUCUUUCUUUCUUUCUUUCUUUCUUUCUUUCUUUCUUUCUUUCUUUCCUCUAUAUGUUUUUUACUUUUUUCUCUCCCCAUGUGUUUUUUCCUUUCUCUCCCCAUGUGUUUUUCCUUCUUUCUCUCUCUCAGAGUUUUUUCCUUCUUUCUUUAUCUAUGUCUUUUUUCCUUCUAUCUCUAACCAUGUGUUUCUCUCUCUGUCUCUCUCUCCUCUAUAUGUUUUUUACUUCUUUCUCUCCCUCUGUGUUUUUUCCUUCUUUCUUUAUCCAUGUCUUUUUUCCUUCUUUCUCUCCUCAUGUGGUUUUCCUUCUUUCUCUCCCUCUGUGUUUUUUUCUUACUUUCCUUCCUCUCAUCUUCUCUUAUUUAUUUCUUCUUUGCUUCCUUCUUAA